GUCAACUACCUACUAUUCUGUUGCGAAAUGAUUCAACGCACAUAAUGUUUUAGAACGACCUUCUCAUUGGAAUCAACAGUCAAGCUGACCACCCUAUACAGCGUGCUUUGUUUGUUUAUUUAUUUCAUUCACAGUUAUGUGCCGUUCUUCGUUUGAGGCCCGCCGUGUGUAUACCGUUUAUACCUACGGUAUGUGAUAUAGGCAACUGCAUUCCCAUCACUUAACAAUUGUACCAAACGACAUGUACUGGGACGCGAUACCACUGGAACCGUUCGAGCUGAUCCUGGGGCAGUUGAAAUUACAGGACAAACUGGCUUGUUCCCUUGUGUGCCAACAUUGGAACAGAACUCUUUUCAGCAGCCCGUCACUAGUGCGGGACAUUGUGUUUGCGAUUGGGCCCCGUUGGUCUCAAGAUCUACAGGAUCUUGUGAGGGCAAGUACCAGGAACUAUCGACGUCUGUUGAUUGUGCUAACCGAUGGUACUUGGAGGGUUAAGGUGAAUGAGCUGAUAGCGGAGGUUUCUCAGCGAUGGACCAUCAAGAGUGUUUCGCUCAUCGGGGAGCCCGUGAAUUUACUGGACUGCUUCAGAUGGAACGUUGCCAUGUUCGAUGCAUUGACGGAGCUGUCCUUGGAAUUUACUGUUGAAAGCGCUUGGACGAAAUUAUCCGCACAGGACGUGGAACUUAAACAUUUACAGAAGCUGCAUUAUCUCCAAGUAUAUGUAGGCACCAAAUAUGAACGGUUGAUUGUUCGAUUUUUCGUUCCAAAUCUCAAGGAGCUGUACAUUGUGACGGAUUCUCUUGCCAACCAAGAUGUCAUGUAUUGGGAAGAUCCCAUGAUAGAAAUUUACAACUGUUCAAAACUGAGCCGUCUUGAGUUAGACUUAAAUAGCACGAUGUGGGUAGAUUUUUUCAAAGUUGAAAGACCGUCCAUGGAACGACUUGUAAUAAGAAGGGCGUACGAUGAUUACGACGAAAGAAACUGGGAUGAGAUUUUCCAAAGGAUGUCCAACCUCCGUGAUAUUGAGGUGUUUUUUGCAUCUGAUGCGAUUUUGGCAAGUGUGAAUCGCAACUGCAUGAAACUUGAACGAUUUCUUAUGAAUGGAUUUUGUUUGCAUGAAGGCUCAUUCGGAAAUAGUAUGAAUAUCUCUUCUUUGCGCAGCCUUCACGUGGAUGGAUUGCUAAAUGGUUCGUUGUAUUCAAACAUGUGUACGUUGCAUUUGACGAAUCUGCAGGAAUUAGUUUGGAAGUAUGUUGAAUUGGUCCCAACCCAAGAAAAACUUAUCAUUGUAGCUCCGGCUUUGCACGAGAUCACUUUGAGGGCUUGCGACUACAAGCGGUUUCAACUUGUAGUAGGGAACACGCUGACACAUGCCGAUAUUGAUUUUACGGAACCACAAGUAACAACUCCCAACUUCUUUUCAUCAAUGGGAAACCUUCUGAAUUUGAGCCUUCAGGUCACUGGUCCAGCAAAUCAACUUGUUCCGGAAAUGUUUUACCUAUCGAAUCUGAGACGAUUUGAACUGACUUGUUCAACUGAACGCCAUGCAUAUACCAUCGAUGAAUUGUUUCAAAGCAUUUGCACCAGCUGCAAUUUGUUAGAAGUUUUCGAGCUACGAAACGAGCACGAAGAACUGCUCAAUUUGUCGUAUAGGAGUUUUGCUGAGCUUCGAAGGUUAGAGCUACUCAAAAAAUUGGUGCUGCAUUAUAUUAACCUGCACAGUGUUCCGGACAAGUCAUGUUUGAUGAUAGGGAAAAUACCUCAUAUGGAUUUUUAUGGCAGUAACGUGAGUUCGGCCUCUGAGCAGCAGAUAACCGGCCUUCCGGUUACGAGUAUGGUGCAUGAAUCCAGUACACAGCGGAAGAUGACGUGAGUUCAACAAUUGCAUCGCCCCGCAUUAGUACAAAUUCAAUUGAUCGUCAUUCGUUUCAGUAAGUGCCACUCAAAACAUCACGAUUUAAUAAAAAAAAGCUCUGUAAAAACACGAAUCAGUAAAGUAGCUGAUGUUCUAAUGUUCUCAAGUAUUAAUUUCCUAGAUUAAUUUGUAAUAGCUAGAUACUAUUUAUUAAGAAAUAUUUUCCCUCGAUUUACAUUAAU